AUGAGAUCGUCAUUGUUUCACGUGAGUCUCAUUUUUGUGGCCAUUCAUAUGAUCCACUGCCAAAUCCUUUGCAACAGGCAACCUUCAACCGAAUGGCACCUUAAAAAAAACACAAUCCAAAUGAAUUGGACUCUAAUAGGGAACAUCUGCAGGAGUGUUUCUGAGUGUUGGGAUUCCCAGCGGGGAGACGAGUCAAGUGAGCAGCCUUUCAACUUCCCACAGAUAUGCCCAGUUCAGCUACAACAUGGAGACAAACUGCUGAUGUCUGCUGAUGAAACACUCAAGUCAUAUGGCAUCAAACUCCUAAAUGUGUCAAAAGAUAACUUUGAAAGCUGUUCUGCAACAGGACAGAGAGAAGAUCAGUUUCUCCUCCCUCACAACAUAAAUGAAAGAGAGCAAGUCGAUGCCAGGUGGCUCAUGCCGGGUCACCGUUAUUUUAUUGCGCUGCACGAAGGAGACACACAGCUGUGCACGCUAGGUUUGAGGCUGAACGUCACAGUUAAAACCCAACUUUGUCGGAGCUCCCCGAUGCUUCGACUUUGUUCGGGGAACGGUGUCUGUCAAACAGGAGUCGGAGAGAGUGCAUUCCACUGUCGAUGUCACCACAAGUAUUCCGGGAGGUUUUGUGAAAAGUUUGAUGCUUGUUUGGAUAACCCCUGUGAAAACAAAGGAGUCUGUUUGAGCAAUGGAUCGACAGAUCCACACUACAGAACAUAUAAGUGUCUGUGUCCUCCACAUUUUACAGGGGUUAACUGCUCUGAAAUCAUUGGGAAAGCAAACUGUGACAGCAUCUGUGAAAAUGGGACAUGCCUUCAAAUAUCACCUGCAUCCUUCAAAUGCAUCUGUGACACUGGUUUCUCUGGCCCACCGUGUGAGAAGAGGAAAGCCUCCUGUGACCCAAAUCCAUGUAGAAAUGGUGGUACAUGUGAAGAGAGUCCCACAGGAUUUGUUUGCCUUUGUCCGGAACGAUUUGCGGGCCUCUACUGCGAAUCUCGAGUUAACUUCGAUUGCAAGUCGUACCCAUGUCGGGAGGAACAAAUGUGCACUGCAGGGGAUCGCGGCUCUGAAUGUGUCUGUGCAGAUGGUAGUGUGGCCACAGCGUGCAGGAGGCAGAGCAGCCUGUGUAGUCCAUCACCAUGUUUGAACAAUUCCACCUGUGUGUCCAGGGGAAAUGAUUACAUCUGCAGAUGUCUGAGUGGGUUUUCUGGGAAGAAUUGUGAAGAAAUAAUUGACUACUGCAGUCUGCUCAAUAUCAGCUGUCUAAAUGAGGGAUUGUGCUUGAGUGUAAUUGGCGGAUAUCAGUGUGUUUGUGCCCCAGGUUGGGUUGGAGAAUAUUGUCAAUAUGUGGGUGAUGCCUGUCAGAUAAAGCCAAACAGCUGUUUGAAUGGGGCAACAUGCAUUGCAACAAAUCAGCCAACAUCUCCCCCUCAGUACUCCUGCAAAUGUCCCCUUGGCUUUACAGGAACAAACUGUGAGACUGAGAUCAAUGAGUGUGACUCCAGACCUUGUCAGCACAAUGGCAAGUGCUAUGACUUGCUUGGAGACUACAGUUGCCAAUGUCCUACAGGUUUUCAAGGAAAGAGUUGUGAAGUUGACAUAGAUGCUUGUGCCCUGUCCAACAUCACAUGCCCACUAAAUACUGAGUGUUUGGAUCUCCCUUAUGGGCUUGAGUAUACCUGCUGUGUACCCUGUCCUCAGCACCUUCAGCCUUGUGCCUUUGGAGGACGCUGUGUGUUAAAUAACAGCAGUGCUUAUCGAUGCAUCUGUACCCCUGGAUGGUCUGGGCAGGACUGCCGCGUAAAUGUCAACGACUGUAUUGAACAUGGGUGUCAAAGUGGAGGCACUUGUAUGGAUGAGAUUGAUGGUUACCGCUGCCUUUGUCCUAGAGGAUACACAGGCAUCUACUGUGAAGAGGACAUUGAUUACUGUGUUGACCACCGCUGCUCUGAACAUGGUUUUUGUCUGGACCAGCAGUAUAACUUCACUUGCCGUUGCAUGCUUGGAUUCGAAGGACCGCUUUGCGAAGUGGAAAUAAAUGAGUGCCACAGCCUCCCUUUUUUAAAUGGUGCCACCUGUGUGGACCUAAUCAGUGAUUAUUGGUGCCACUGUCCCCCAGGAUUUUAGGGAAGGAUCUGCUCUGAAAAUGUAAAUGAUUGCUGGUCGCAGCCUUGUCUAAAUGGAGGUUCAUGUAUGGAUCUGAUAAAUGACUUCAUUUGUCACUGUCCAACUGGGUUCAAGGGGAAAGAUUGCUCUUUGGAUAUUGACCUUUGCUCGUUUGGAAUGUGCAGUGAACAUACAUUAAAAUGCACCAAGACCAAGGAUGGACAGAAUUUCUCUUGCACGUGUGAAAGAGGGUUUGGAGGGUCAUUUUGUGAAGUAAAUCUUAAUGAGUGCCAGUCAAACCCAUGUCAGAAUGGUGGCAUUUGCGUGGAUGGCAUUGACAUGUAUCAGUGCUUAUGCUCAGAGGGACUUAAGGGGCUGAACUGUGAAAUCAACUAUGAUGAAUGUGUCUAUGGAUACUGCACCAAUAACUCCACAUGUAUUGACCUGGUUGCAGACUAUGAGUGCAUCUGUCCUGCGGGCUUUGCUGGAAAAAAUUGUUCAUUGUCCGACUCUCCAUGUACACCAGACCUCUGCAAAAAUGGAGGAACCUGCUCCUACAGCUUGACUGGGGAAACGCAGUGCAUUUGUCCGGCAGGUUUAACAGGCCAGUUUUGUGAGAUAAACAUUGAUGACUGUGAAAAAGAGCCAUGUGGAGUCCUGAGCAUUUGUAAAGACACUUUGAAUGGCUACAAUUGCUUCUGUGCACCAGGAUUUAUUGGAAAUAAUUGUGAGAUUGAAGUGAAUGAAUGUCUCAGCCAGCCUUGUCGCAAUGGAGGCUCCUGCGUAGAUGAGCUCAACUCAUUCAGCUGCCAGUGUCCCUCUGGGAUCACAGGCGUCUACUGUGAAGUCAACAUAGACGAGUGCACGUCCUCUCCCUGCCUGCACAAUGCCACUUGUGUUGACCUAGUUGAUGCCUACAGAUGUCUCUGUAUGUCUGGCUUUGCAGGUACAACAUGUGAACUCGACAUUGACGAGUGUGCUUCAUCUCCCUGCAAGAAUGGAGCCACUUGCAUUGACCAGCCUGGUAAUUACUUCUGCCAGUGUGUGGCUCCAUUUAAAGGUCAUAAUUGUGAGUUCUUACCCUGUGAGGCCAGUAAUCCCUGCGAGAAUGGAGCAGUAUGUGUGGAAGAGUUGGAUCAGGACCAUUUCCCUUUAGGUUUCCGCUGUCACUGUCGCCGUGGCUUCACUGGUCCCCGCUGUGAAAUCAAUGUGGAUGAGUGCAGCUCCAGCCCCUGUCUUCAUGGCUUCUGCUACGAUGUUGUAGAUGGCUUUUACUGCCUUUGCAGUCCCGGUUAUGCUGGACUCAGAUGUGAGAAAGACAUUGAUGACUGCGUGAACAGUUUGUGCAGCACCAACUCAGUAUGUAAGGACCUCCAUCUGCGUUAUGAGUGUGUGUGUCGUUCUGGCUGGGAGGGGGAGUACUGCCAACAAGAAAUUGAUGAAUGUUUAUCACAACCCUGCAAAAACAACGCCACCUGCACAGACCUUCUCAACAGCUACAAGUGUUUGUGCUCACGAGGCUGGACAGGUGUGGACUGUACAGAGGAUGUGAAUGAGUGCGAUUCUGGCCCUUGUCUAAAUGGAGCUCAGUGUCAGGAGUCAGACAUACCUGGGGAGUUCUCCUGCACCUGUCCCCCCUUCUUCAGUGGCCCCUUGUGCAACCAGCCUUAUGACCCGUGUGACCUCCUCCACAAUCCCUGCCUACACAACUCCACCUGCCUGACACGCUCCAAUGGAACAGCUUCCUGCAGAUGCCCAGCUGGAUUUGAAGGAAGUUGGUGUGAAAUUGACACCAAUGAGUGCAGUUCAAACCCAUGCCAAAACCAGGGUGACUGUGUGGACCGGGUCAACAGUUACAGCUGUGUUUGUAAGGUGGGAUUUUCUGGCCUUUUCUGUGAGGAAGAUAUCAAUGAGUGUGCCUCUAGCCCUUGCAAGAAUGCUGGCACAUGUCAAGAUCUUGUGAACAAGUUCCACUGCAUCUGUCCCCCUGGUUAUUUUGGAACGCUGUGUGACCUGGAUGUGAAUGAGUGUGAAGUUUCACCUUGCCUACAUGAGGGCAUCUGUAUCAACACGCCCGGGGGUUUCAAGUGUGUCUGUCGCCCUGGAUACUCAGGGCCACGUUGUGAAGUUGACGUCGAUGAGUGUGUUUCAAACCCAUGCCAGAAUAGUGGAAAAUGUAUUGAUGCGCCUAAUCGAUACAACUGCUUGUGUGCGGGUGGCUUCACAGGGCUCCGCUGUGAGGCCAACAUUGAUGAAUGCAUGUCAACGCCUUGCCUUCAUGGGAGCUGUGACGAUGGAAUAUAUUCAUACACCUGUCUUUGUGAAUCUGGAUGGACCGGCAGCAGAUGUGAAACGAACGUCGAUGAAUGUGCCAGCAGUCCCUGUCUGAAUGGAGGCUCCUGCGUCGAUCUCAUCGAUAAAUAUGCGUGCUUCUGUCAGGUCGGCUACACGGGGAAAACUUGCGAGGAGGAUAUAGAUGUCUGCGAAGACGCUACUUUUAAUGUCUCGUUGUGUUUUAACGGAGCCACCUGCAGUGAUGGUGAAGGAUCAAACUUUACAUGCAGCUGUCCACCAGGUUUCACGGGGGAUUUCUGUGAAGUGGAUGUUAACGAAUGUUGCUCAGCUCCCUGCCACAACGGAGCAGUUUGCCAAGAUCUUAUUAAUAGCUACAUCUGCCACUGCAGGCCAGGUUGGACAGGCCUUCACUGUGAGGAUGACAUUAAUGAGUGCCUUCCACAGCCCUGCAACCAGGGGAUAUGCAUUCAGAAUGAUCCAGGCUAUGGCUACACCUGUUUCUGUCGUCCUGGAUUUGUGGGGAGUAACUGUGAGCACAACUAUGAUGAUUGCCUGCUGAAUCCGUGUCCAGAAGCAUUUUCCUGUGUAGAUGGCAUCAACAAGGUCAGCUGCCUGCCUCCUGUUAUGGAUCCUGUUCCCUUGGCGACUGCAGUCGAGAACAUCACUCGCGGCUCCACACCCAGAGUGCCGAUGCCGACACUCUUCCCGGCACCAGCAGCUGAGGGGUCCACAGAUUCAAGCUACCUUCAUUAUUUUGGGAAUUCAUACCUGGAGUUUCCAGGUAUUGACCUCAGCACUCUCAACAAUAUAACACUCUUCAUCCUCGAUGGAAUCUUACAGUAUGCUUUUUGCUGUAAUGAAGAGGAAGAGGUUACAUGGAUUACUACAUUAAAUCAUGUUAAUGAUGGCACAGUUCACAUUGUAAAUAUCAGACAACGCCUGGCACCUUGUGAAGCAGAGCUCACUCUUUCUGGCCAUGAGAAAAUUAAAAGUACUGCAAGCAAUUACUGGUUGGGACACAUGAUCCAAAGAACGAACAAUGUCUUCACAGGGGGUUUGCCACAACAGUUUAUUCCCAGUCAGAAAGCAGAACCUUUCCACAACUACACUGGCUGUCUUGAAGUCAUUGAAAUUAAUAAACUGAGGAGCUUCUACACAUCGGAUGCGAUUGCUGGCAGCAACAUAGCUCGAUGCAGAUUCACUGUGCAUGCCAUACAAGCCUCCACAACAAGUUCCUCAAGUCUGGAAGCUCAAUCACCUACCUUUGACAUAGUGUUUGCAACAACGUUGGCAGUUCCCACACAAGCACCAGAACAUCCAAUGAAUGAACCUCAAGUUUGCCGCGACAGUCUUUGCCGCAACGGAGGGACGUGCCUUCAGCUGCAGCCGCCUGGUGAAGCUCAGCUUUCUUGUCACUGUCCGCUUCAUUUCACUGGAACGUUUUGUGAAAAAGAUGCCACAGUAUAUAUCCCUUCAUUCGAUGGAACUUCCUACUUGGAGCUACAGCCACUUGCGUUGCUUCUCCAGCCUUCUGGUGUCAGCAAUAAUCGACCCGCAGGAGUCAAGGACACCCCUGUUUUUCUCUGUUUGACAGUGAAAACCAGAUCCAGACAAGGAACGAUCCUCUACACUCAGGAGCAGAACUUUGGGGAUCAGUUCCUUCAUGUUUUCCUUCAAGAUGGAAGCCCUGUUGCUAAACUCGGUUGUGGUGGCAGUCAUAUUUUGCAUGCAGCUGUAAAUCAGAACAUCAAUAACAACAGAUGGACGUCAGUCACCAUCAGAUACAAUCUGCCUGUUGGCAAACAAGGAGGCCCGUGUAUGAUUGAAAUAGCUGCAGAUAAUGGCACGGCUCAGCAUCUCGAGGAGUACGUCUCACACCCUACGUCACAGGGGACCUUUGGACCCAUAUUUCUUGGGGAUGUUUCAUCUCAGUGGGACAUGCACGACAAGAGUGAAAAAGCAGAGAAGAGAUUCAUUGGCUGUAUCAGAGAACUUCAGCUCAACUCAAAGGAGAUUUACCUGAUGGGUGAGGCAGUUAGAGGGAGAAAUAUCAAGAACUGUGACCCUCCUGUCUGCCAGCACUUUCCUUGUCGUAAUGGAGGAACUUGUAUCAGUGAUGCUGAGGACUGGUUCUGCGAGUGCCCCCCAUUAUACACCGGACGGCUGUGCCAGCUCACCUCCUGUGAGCGCAACCCCUGCAGUCACGGAGCCACAUGCAUCCCGAAGUCACCAUUAGAGGCCGUUUGUCUGUGUCCCUAUGGAAGACAGGGUCUGCUGUGUGACCAAACCGUCAAUAUCACUCGUCCCAGAUUCAGUGGAAGUGAUGAGUUUGGUUACACCUCCUUCGUGGCUUAUUCCUCCAUCCCGAGCCUCAGUUUCUUCUACGAAUUCAAGCUGAAGUUUACGCUUGCGGACAGUUCCUCUGCCGUCAAAGACAACCUAAUGCUGUUUGCUGGACGUAAAGGACAAGGCAAUGAUGGGGACGACUUCCUUGUUUUGGGAUUAAAAAGCGGAAGACUUGUACACAGAUUCAACCUUGGAUCGGGGAUAGCAACCAUCGUUAGUGAUCGACUGAACCAUCAGAUCAACAUCCACACCGUCACGUUUGGAAGGUCUAAGAAAACAGGAUGGCUGAAGGUUGACGGCCAACGUAACAGGACAGGAUUGUCUCCAGGACCUCUGGUGGGCCUCAAUGUUUUCAACCAGCUCUUUGUAGGUGGAUAUAAUGAGUACACCCCUGAACUACUGCCACUUGGCUCCAGGUUCCGUCAUGGCUUUCAGGGGUGCAUUUUUGAUGUGCACUUUCACACAAGGAGAGACCGAAAGUUCCAAGCGCUGGGACAACCUGCGGGUCAUCCAGCCUUUGGCCGCAACGUGGGUCAGUGUGGCGUCACCCCUUGUGUUCACGUUAAGUGCAGGAACGGCGGGACGUGCGUGGAUUCCGGCUCAUCUGUGUAUUGCCGGUGCCCAUUUGGAUGGAAGGGAGCGCUCUGUUCCGAGACCGUGUCAGUGUGUGAUGUCGAGCACAGCCCCCCUCCUUUGUGCGCCCACGGCUCCACUUGCAUCCCUCUGCCGAAUGGAUAUACCUGCCAGUGCCCCCUGGGAACAGCAGGAGUCUACUGUGAGAAAGCUGUGACCAUCAGUGAUCCAUUCUUCAGCGCUAACCUCUCCUCCUGGAUGUCAUUCCCACCUAUGAGUAUAAGACACAGGACUGACUUGCAAGUGCAGUUCCAGCCGUUAUCACCUGAUGGCAUCCUCGUCUACAUUGCGCAACAUCUCAGUGCCAGAGCUGGAGACUUCUUCUGCCUCUCACUGGCAUCCGGGUUUGUCCAGCUGCGAUACAAUCUUGGGGACGGCACCCACAUCCUACAGUCCUCUGAACAAGUGGACUUAAGCGGCAGGACCUGGCUCAUGGUUAAGGCUGGCCGAACUGGUAACCGAGGCUUCCUCAGUCUGGGUAACCAGGAAGUUAGAGAAAAUGUGACUGAAGGCAUGGCCACACUUGAUGUUGCUACUGACGUCUUCGUCGGAGGCGUGUCGACUCUGAGCUUUGUCUCCACAGAUGCAACUGAAGGGGAUCCUGUGAGCUUCACUGGUGGCCUGCGAGCGUUAACACUCAAUGAUCGAGAGUUUGAGUUAACAGAGAGGGGAGCUUUAAGUGGGGCCAACAUAGGUGACUGGGAUGGGACAGCCUGUGGGUACAAGGUGUGCCAAAAUGGAGGUCACUGCAGGGCAACAAGUAGUGACUCGUUCACUUGUGUAUGUCCGCCAUUAUGGACCGGUUCUGUGUGUAACCAGUCUGUGAGCUGUGUAAACAACGUCUGCAAACAUGGCUCCUUAUGCGUGGCAUCUAGUGUCACCUCGUAUCACUGCAUUUGCCCCUUAGGGUGGACCGGGAGGUACUGUGACAAGGAAAUGUCCACAGGCACUCUGAAGUUUGUUGGAAACUCUUUUGUUAAAUACUGGGACUCUAAAUACAACACAAGAAACUUAAAAUACACACAGGUUUCUUUCAGCUUUCUCACAGUCUCCAAUGACAGUCUGAUCAUGUGGAUGGGAAAGGCUGAACACGAAGAUGAUGACCACCUUGCAGUUGGACUUGAAGGGGGCUAUCUUAAAAUAACGGUCAAUCUUGGAGAAAGACUUUCCCUCCCAUUGAUUUUCAGAAAUCUCACUCUCUGCUGUAACAAAUGGCACAAUGUCUCUAUAUCUCUAAAUAGCACUGUUAUUCAAGUGUUACUGAACAGCCAGGAGAUCCUCUCUGAAAAUGUAGAUCCAUUUGAGCGAUAUGUAGCCUUAAACUACGGGGGGCAGUUUUACUUUGGAGGGUUUGAACUGUACAGAAACAUAUCAGUUGUGACCUUGGGAAUGUUUUCAAAUGGCUUUGCGGGGAAUCUUAGAAAUGUCUGUUUGUUUGGAGAUACCAAGCAAGGGCUGUUUCUUAAAAAAAGUGAAGGUUUUAAUAUCUUUGAUGGAAACGAGUAAGUGAAACUGCAAGUUCUGGUCUUUACAACAGUAGGAAAUGUACCUUUUAAGGUAGUUGAUAUAGUGUUUUCUAGUAUUUAGUCAUGUGAAAAUCCAAGUGCACUUUUACCGUCUUCAUGUUCUUUAUACAGACCAAGGGUGAGAUUUUUGGCUGUAAUGCACAGUAGCACAUUUGCUGAAAACCAAACAGCAUAUCAACACAGAUGACUCCAACCAACUGUCAAGCACAGUGGUGGAGGGGUGACGAUUAGGGACAUCUAAUCAGAGUCGUUCAUAAACUCCUCUGUACAUUUAACUAAAGAUUGUCCAAAAUUGUGUCAUGCAACAGGACAAUGAUCCCAAGUGCAGCAGCAAAUCUACAACAGAAUCAAUCACCUCAACCUGACUGAAAUGUUGUGGUGGAAACUUAAGAGCUGUGCAAAAACAAAUACCCUCAAAACUCAAUGACAUGAAGGAAUGCUGUAAAGGGUGGGCCAUAAUUCUUUCAUACUGAUGUGAGAUACUGAUAGUCAUACAGAGUAGUUAUUUAAAGUUACUUCAAGACAUUACUGCCGCUAACGGUGGUCCUCCAAGUACUGAAUCGUGGAGUGCACUUAGUUUUUCACAGGACUGCAUACAGUCCUGUUUUUUAAAGCAAUUGAAUUGUACUACUUGUUUCUUCAACACUUUACAUACCAGUUCUGAGUUGCACUUAAAACUCAGUUUGAUGAAACGUAUACAUUUAAAGUGUUAAAGGACAAAUUAAAUUCUCUGAUUC